UACCCCACUCACUUAAAGAUAUAACAACAACAAUAAAUAAUUCAAAAACAUAAACUCUGAUGCGUCGCCCGAACAGAAUCUCAGCCACGAAUCGCCUAAGGUAGAAAUUAAAUUACAGCGCUCGCAAAAUGGAAUAUUGAGCCGUAAUCGAGACCUCGUCAUAUUUCUAAGAAGUCGGUCGACGUUAACUCCAAGAAAAACCACGAAAGAAGGUCGAACGCCUUCGUCUUUCCUUCUUUGUUGUUUUCUAGGCACGGGCGAGACGGACUCUGAUUUUCAAGAAAUCGCAACGAAGUUUUUGACCAUACCGUUACUGCGUCAAGAAGAGAAUGCCCGUGCGGUCCUGAGCUGAAGCCAAGUUUAACUGAAAUUUGAGAUAAACCAGUUUCCGGGACACGGUAUUCGAGGGAAACAUGAUGAUUCAGACUUUCCCACCAAAUAGCAUGUGUGAGGAUAGCAAAAAUAAAGACUACUGGGUGCGACGCCGAAAAAAUAAUGAGGCGGCGCGUCGGUCACGUGAGAAAAGAAGAAUGAAUGAUCUUCUUUUGGAGCGAAGAGUCCUCCAGCUCUCAGAAGAGAAUAAACAACUCCGAGCGCAGUUGGUGGCUUUGAAAAUUAAGUAUGGCGACACCGAGGACCUGGGAUGCUACACUUGGCCCGAAGAUACAAACAACGAUUCAAAUUUCAUUGAUACGUUUGGGUCACAGCAACUUGAUUCUUGCACAAAUAUAAACGAAUCAAAAAACAAUUCAUGGAAAACCUCAAUGAGCUCAAAUCUGAGUCUUUUACCAAUUCAGCGCCAAUUUUCUUCGCGUGUUUUCACGAAUGCAACUGGAGAUACAAGCGCCACCGUUCUUGUUAACGAAUCGGCAGUUAUGAGCAACAGUACCACCAACUUUCCCAUGCUACAUCUGGACCAAUGUGUUCCCUACUGUUUACCACCAGAAGACACAAUUCCAUCCCUUAACCCAUCCGGAACGCUUAAAGACCGUCCGUACUCGUUCCCGAAAGAUGAUGCUAAAAAGCUCCUCCGAGAAGAGGAGCUUGCAGAGGAAAAAGAAGAAAGAACAGACAAUAGUGAGUCAUUCGCCAGACUCAAUUCUUUGUUGCGAAAAACAUUCCCCCCGACAGUAGCAAUCGCCCUCGGAGCUUUGUACAGCCGAUACAGCGGUGGUACAGUGGCCAGUCAAGCUACUGCUGAUUAUCUCCUGCAAGAUGUCGGUACUCGACCAACUGAUGAUGAAACGGUUGGUCCGCAAACCGGGAAAUCAGACUUCCUGCAAAAGUUGGAAAUGCAGAACGAAAAAAACGGUUUGGCAGACACAUUACGUCAUGGGUUGGACAGUUUCGAAUUUUUGAAAGAAAACGCAAAGAAAUUAAGUGAAAUAGAACCACACAGUGACCGGCCACAAAGAAAAGACUACUCGCCGAAUUUAGAAAAGGACCGAGAGUCGAAUGCUUCAUUAAAAAGCAGUAAUAGGUUAUGUGACUCGUUAAGAAAACCAGAAAACGCAGCAACGGAUAACGCAAACGUAAGACGCGAUGUUGGCGAAAACGUCGGAGCGCAAAAACGGAAAUCAUCUUUCCAACUUCCACAUAAACUUCGUCUGAAAAAAGCUUCCAUUCAACAGGAAAGUUUCGACGAGGAAGAAGAAGAUAAUGUGCCAGAUUUAACGACCCCGAUUACAAAAUCUCGCUCUGCUGUUUUGCCUGAAAUCGACAACGCGUCCAAGUUUCGACGGUUUAGUUACAGUGACCAAGAGAGCAUGCGACGACUCCACUACAAGGAAAAAGAUUUCCCGUUCUUUUCAAGCGCAAUUAACAGCAGAGCAGGGUACGAAAACAACGUGGAAAACUCAAGAAAACGAAACAAGUCGUUUAUAUGGCCUGAAAGUCCGGACGCAAUCGAUUUCAGCGCUAAAUUUGGCCCACUGCCCAUGAGUCUAUCUUUAGAUGCUUUGCAUGGGCUCUCACGAGAUAAAAUAUCAAUUCCGCCAUUUUCAAACCACUGGCUCGCUAGCGGAAAACACACACACCAAGGACACGAACGCUCGAAUAUGUUCCCAAGAAUCCCCGGUAAAGACGCUUAUCCGGACUAUUUUCGUGCCAAGGAACACGGAAGAUCAAUGUACCACACUUCGAAAUCGCUUUCCGAUCCUUUGGUAGCAAUGUAAAGUUCACGAAACGUAAGAUGCGCGCGCACACAUAAGUUCCACUCCACUAAAUUGCUUCAACUGCGAAUAAAAUUCCACCA